GCAGCACAGUUCUAAAAGGUUGCAUCCAAGAAUAAAUGCAUGCCUGAAGAUCCAUCAUACUUUGCGAGCGUUCUCAAAGGUCAUCCACGCAGAAGUGCCAGUGGGAAAGUUUGUAACAAUUUUGAAUUUCAAAAUGCUAGGAGCUGCUCUGCUGUGAUUGGGCCUUUUUUAGGUGUUAAAAUGAAAGGCCAAAUCACAGCAUUGCAGUAUUAACUUGUAAAUUUUAAUCUUGUGUCACUCGCUAUGGCAUGUUUUCAGGGUCAAAAUUAAUGUUGCAUGUCACGCAUGAAAUCACUUACGAAUUAAAACUUUUAUACGCAUUAUUUGAUAUUCGAAUGAAAACUUUUUUAGCAUUAUUUGAAUAGCCUAUUGAAACUUUUCGAAUUAUUUGAUAAUCGAACUAAAAAUCUAUGCAUUAUUUGACUAUUGGUUUAAACUUUUCGCAUUAUUUGAAUAUGAGAAUUGAACCAAACUUAAUGCACUAUUUGGCUAUUGGUAUUUUCUGCAUUAUUUGAAUAGCGACCACAAUUUUAGGGGUAUUACUUGACUUCCGGAAUAACAUGUCUCCCAUUUCCUGCUAAUAGUGUCUUCUUACAAAUUUGUCUACUGCUGUGUUAACACAAAUUACUUUCUAAGUACGACUCGUCUAUGCGUUCUUCAUAAUACUCUCCUUUGCGGAGCCUGGUGCCAAUAAUGUUAAAAUUGCGUCGUUGUGGAGGACCUAUCUCAACUAUUUUUCUUGCCAGGUUGGCCCGACAUAAUGGUCUUUUUGGAUUUGUUCUUAUAGUAAUUUCCGUUAUAGUUCAAUGCUUUAUUUAUACACUAUAUUCAACGUUUUCCUGCUUUUUGUCAAGGGAUUAUAAAAAUAAAAAAGAGGAGCUAUUUUGUCGGAGUUCUCCUAUUUUAAUAAUAACUACAAUUUUAGAACUUUACCUAUUUUUUUCUUGGGUUCCAUUUUCUGGGUCACUCUCAUGUCCUAGAAAUUUCGGUUAAAUGAAUGAAGGCUCUGAGGUCGAUAUUGGCAGAAUAACAAAAAUCCCAGGGGAUCCUUAUUCUAGGGGCAAAAUUUAUGACACCUAUAGAAAAAAAGCACUGCAGGGGGAGAGGAAAAUCAUGUGAUAGCAGAAUAGGUCCCCAGCCACUGCCUGGGAUGGACCUAUCCCACAGGACUGUACUGACUAUCGUGCUUUCACAAUUCCAGACGCGUCUAACCCACAGAGUGAUGAACAUUUUUCAACGGAAUAUAUUUCACAGGCGUGAUCCUUGAAACUCGAUUUAGUUAUUACAGCAUAUUUAAGAGGAGUCUCACAUUUUGUUUCUGUUCUAUAGUUGCUUUUUUCCAAACUUCAACUAUCGAUUAACCCCAAUUAUUCUGCAAUUGGUUUGGAUUUCACCUAGCAUUGCAAUAAACUCAGAAUCUAGAAUGUUUCUUUUAUAAGAAUUUGAGAAAUCACAUAAAUAAUAAUUGUAUUGGAGCAGUUUGAGAAUGCGAGAUUUUUUUGGAAUUUACUCGGGUAACCUUAAGUGAUCCAGUUGUGUUUAGUUGGAAAGAGCGUUGUUUCUAUUCAUUUACCGACAGGCUUUGGCAAAAGCCUUGGUAUUCCAAAUUUUGCCACUUUUUUUCAAAUAAGCCAGCAAAAUUGGUGACUGUCAUCGUGGUUGUUUGCCACUUUUUUUCAAAUAAGCCAGCAAAAUUGGUAACUGUCAUCGUGGUUGUUUGCCACUUUUUUCAAAUAAGCAAGCAAAAUUGGUGACUGUCAUCGUGGUUGUUUGCCACUUUUUUCAAAUAAGCCAGCAAAAUUGGUGACUGUCAUCGCGGUUGUUUGCCACUUUUUUUUCAAAUAAGCCAGCAAAAUUGGUGACUGUCAUCACGGUUGUUUGCCACUUUUUUCAAAUAAGCCAGCAAAAUUGGUGACUGUCAUCGCGGUUGUUUGCCACUUUUUUUUCAAAUAAGCCAGCAAAAUUGGUGACUGUCAUCGCGGUUGUUUGCCCACUGAAGCUGACCAUCAAAGAGCAAGCAAAGAAGCUCCAAGCUUUUUUGGCCCCACACUAGAAGUGCUGAUGUAUGUCAUUGACCUUAUGAUAUUUUCUGGUAAAACUAGAGUGCAUGCUGCUUGAGUUAUGCUGUCAAUUAUGUGACAAGUUUAUCAAUGUCUGGUUACUUUCAUUGAUAAACUUGUCACAUAAUUGACAGCAGUGUUAUGCAGUGUAAUUAAAGGCAAGGAUAAGCUGCUUCACCAUGUAUCACACCACAGAACCAUUCCUACUAGAAAACAUACUAGGAAGCAUUUGUCAAGAAAAAAAGCACUGGAUCCUCAAGCAUGGAAUAAAUGUGUUGUAACCUGCAGUGUUUUAUUGCUAACAUAUAAAUAACUGAGUUCUGUUUUCUGAAUAACCAAAUAAUUGUUAUCAUAUGCCAAAAUUAUGUAAAAAUUGAUUGUUGUUGUCCAUAUUAGAUGUUAUGAUCCAGAAUUCCAACAGCGCCUUCAUGUAUUCAUUGCUUCUAAAGCUGAUCUGCUUUUACAACGAAAAGGAAAACAGUCGCUUAAGCGAGGGAUUGACUCUGAGAAAGAUUCUGCUAUUGAAGUCCUAGAUUUGUAUGCAAAGGUACCACCUCUGGAGGUUUUUAUGAAAAUCCCACACCAUGUUCGAAGGUGUCAGAUCUUUCAGUUGCUUGACACUGGUGACAUUGUCCUUGGGGAAGUGUCCUCAAAGAGGCCUUUUGGAAUUUUUGUGGAGCUGAAAGGGUUUGAGUUUGGAAAGACAAGGGACUUCACAAACACAGACAUUCAGGCUCUGUGUCGAACAAAUGAGCUUCAAGAUGACACAAGACAUAAAGACCCCUCAGACAAGUAUGUUGUAGGAGACAAAGUCAGAGGUGUUGUGUUGAGUGUGAACAAGGAAGACAAUCAAGUGACCAUAGCCCUGAGGCCCUCUAGACUUCCGUCAGAGUUCCAAGACAUUAAGCUGGGGCUUAUUGAGGAAUCAGAAAGCUUUGUUUCCAGAGAAAUAGCAGAAGACGAAGAGGAACUACAUUUUAAUGACCAUCUCAGGCGCCACAUGGGGUUCAACAAUCCACGCAAUAUUGAAACUCUGUUAGAUAAACUGGGGAUUACCAUGUCUGAUUCAUGUUCAUUUUUGAGGAGCUGCCAGAGAUCUACCUACCCAUCAGAAGACUAUGCUGAACCAUUGAGAAAAAAACAGUCAGAGAAAUGGUCAAUGGAAUCUACUGCUAAAGGGAUUGAACAUUUCAAGAUUGGAGAUGCCAACACUGCCCUGAAGUACUUGGAACAUGCCCUUCAGAUCAACCCAGAUAACGUGGAGGCUCUUGUGGCGAGAGGCGCAUUAACAGCCAACACUGCAAAGUACAGCCCAGCAAUCAUGGACUUUCGCCGAGCUCUGUCAAUCAAUAAGGGCCAUAGAAAUGCCACUAGGUACCUGGUGGAGACACUUAUCCAAAAGGGCACUAAAGAGGAGAAAGGUGGUCAUCUCAGUGCAGCAGUCACUUGCUUCAGGGAGGCUUGUGUCCUCGACAAAGGUCAGCAAAUGGCCAGGAAACUCCUGGAUAAGUGUCAGAUGGUACUUGACGCUCGGCAACAGAAGAGACAAAGUGCCCCAGGCCCAAGUAGCGCGCCUCAGCACAGGGAAAACGCCAGCAAGUUCAGUCAUGUUCGUGAGCUGAUUCAAAUGCAACAAGACAAGAAGAAGAAGAAGAAAAAAAAGAAAGAAAGGAGGAAGCAAAAGACGAGGGUGAAGUCAGGUAAGAAACGUCAAACCAAGACAAGACGGCGAUCGCGUCGCUCUUCGAGUGACGAGUCAAGCGACGAGUCCACGUCAACAGCGAGUGAAGGAUCUGACGAGUCAUCAAGCGAGUCUAAGCACCAAACUGUACAUAAACGGACAAGGGAGAAGGGGCAAUGGAAGCUUACAGAGCGAAGCAUCAGUAGAGGAAGUAGGGGAGAUAAAGAUGACAUGGCUGGUUUAGUGCAGGAAUUCGUGUCUGGGGUGGGGAGGAGAGUAAGUGGUCCACCCAUGGACGGACAACCUUCUCCUCCGGACAGGACAACGAAAAAAAGAUCACGGACCCAUAGCAGAUCACGUAGUAGAUCACGCGUCAGGUCACGCAGUAGGUCACUAUCUAGGUCACGUAAUAGAUCACGCACUAGGUCACGUCCAGUUUCACGUGAUGGAUCGCGCACAAGGUCACAUCCAGUUUCACGUGAUGGAUCGCGCACAAGGUCACGUUCAGUUUUACGUGAUGGAUCGCGCACAAGGUCACGUUCAGUUUUACGUGAUAGAUCGCGCAUAAGGUCGCGUUCAGUUUCACGUGAUAGCUCGCGCACAAGGACACGUUCAGUUUCACGUGGUAGAUCACGCUUUAGGUCACGCCCAAGAAUAGGUUCAAAGUCACGAUUCAGGUCUAAUAGAUCCCCUAGACGAUCACGCGAUAUAUCACACUCUUGGACACAUGAUAUAUUAUCGAGGCAAACUAAGUCACGACCCAUGUCACCAAAGCAAUCACGUUCCAUUCAAUGCACACGAAGUAGGUCAAGAUCACGAAGUAGUUUACGAACUUGUUCUAGGUCGCGCUCACGUAGCCAAUCUCGUAGUAGCUUGCGCGUACCAAAGUCCCGGAUUAGAAGACGUCAUACGUCUCAAUCUGAUUCCCCGUCAAUGUCAUCCGGUAGCGGCUCAUCAAGACGAGAAAGGUCUAGGUCAACUAGUCCCUUCCGACCACCAAGUAGUGCGCCCAAGCGAAGGCGUUCAGCGGACUACACUAAAAGGCGCAAGGGAAAGCAAAAAUGACAAUGACUGCGUUAUGGUUAAUACUUUUAAUGUACACUUUGUUUAACUGGCUAACUAAAUUAGCUAGCCCCUGGUGUUCUGAUCAGGGUGGGUACCAGAUGUUACGUCACAGGAAAUUGUCUUCCAGUUCUGUAAGUUACCCUGUUCCAGACUCUGAUCUUCCAAUUGUAGCACAGGGAAUCGAACAACAGCACCGCCAUGUGUGUGGAAACCACUCUAACGCCAUGCCAGUGAAGUGCAUUGACAUAUGACUGUAUGAAAGAUGUUUAUGGGGAGAUAAUUUUUGUGUAUGUAAAGAGUAAUACGAAAAAGAAGCAGUAAAUGUUUUAAGAAGG